CAGGCUGCCUCCUGCAGCCUCUCAGAGCAGCAGCACCUCCUCUAUGAAGUGAGACCUUCUUCUCCGUCGCUUCCAGAACCAGCGCGUCAGAAACUCUCCUCCUUUCUCCCGGAGGUUCUGCUCCGGUUCUGCUCCGCGGUUCCGAUCACCUCCCGUCGUGACGGACUCUUCGCUCCUUCUGCAGUCGAACCGGGUUCGGUUCUCCGCCGGAUUUAGGAGACCCGGUUCUGGAUUGGACCAAGUUCCUCCUGGACUUUCAGCAUGACGGCCACGAAGGAGCAGCAGAACCAGAACCAGAACCAGAGACCGAACCAGCCGCAGCAGGAGGAGGACCUGGGCGGGGUGAGCCCCCCUCAGAGGAACUGGAAGGGGAUCGCCAUCGCCUUGCUGGUCAUCCUGGUGGUCUGCUCCAUGAUCACCAUGUCCGUCAUCCUCCUAACGCCAGCCGACAGCCAAGCUGGAAGCGACACCAAACUGACUGUGGAGGACUUGUUCAGAGCUGAGUUCCAGGUUCACGACCCGGAGGCCAAGUGGAUCAACGAUUCUGAGGUCAUCUACAGGAACAGCGACGGCCACGUCAUCAAGUUCAACAUCAUCACCAAUGAGACUGACAUAAUCGUGACAAACACUACCUUUGUGAACUUCAACGUGGAGAAGUACUCCGUGUCUCCUGACCUGAAGUACGUUCUGUUUGCCUACGAUGUGAAGCAGGUCUACCGUCACUCCUACAUGGCCUCCUACAGCAUCUACAACAUCCACACACGGGAGGUGUGGGAGCUGGAUCCUCCAGAGGUGGUGAAUUCAGUCCUGCAGUUUGCUGCCUGGGGAGUCACAGGCCAACAGCUGAUCUACAUCUUUGAAAACAACAUCUAUUAUCGAUCUCACGUGAAGAGCAACUCUCUGCGUCUGACGUCUUCAGGGAAGGAAGGAGUCAUCUUCAACGGGAUCGCCGACUGGCUCUACGAAGAGGAGAUCCUGCAGACCCACGUGGCCCACUGGUGGUCCCCGGAUGGGGAGCGGUUGGCUUUCCUGGUCCUCAACGACACUCUGGUCCCAAACAUGGUUCUGGCCCGCUUUACUGGUGCAGCGUACCCCAAACAGAAGCAGUACCCCUACCCCAAGGCGGGCCAACCCAACCCAACCGUCAAGCUCUUGGUGGUGAAUAUCUACGGACCGACCCACACGUUGGAGCUGAUGCCGCCAGAGACGCUGAGGCUGCGGGAACAUUAUGUGACGAUGGUCAAAUGGAUCAGCAAGACCAGGACGGCGGUGAGGUGGCUGAACCGGGCCCAGAACGUCUCCAUCCUGACCGUGUGCGACACCACCACCGGAGCUUGCGUGACGAGACAUGAGGAAAGCUCCGAUCUCUGGCUCUCCAAACAGAACCAAGAGCCCGUGUUCUCCAAAGAUGGUGAGCGCUUCUUCCUGACCGUCCCCGUCAAACAGGGAGGACGGGGAGAGUUCCACCACAUCGCCAUGUUCACCACACAGUUCAGAGCAGAUCAGAACGAGGUCCGACAUCUGACCUCCGGGAACUGGGAGGUGACCAGGAUCAUCGCCUACGACGAGAACACAGAGAACCUGUAUUUCCUGAGUACCGAGGGAUCACCACGGAGACGGCAGCUUUACAGCGUUAAAACUGUGGGUCUGUUCCCACGGAGAUGUCUGACCUGUGAGCUCAGCAAAGCUCACUGUCUGUACUUCCACGCUGACAUCAGCCCCUGCAAGCAGCAUGUUCUGCUCCACUGUAAAGGUCCAGGGGCUCCGACUGUGAUCCUUCACAGCCUCAACAACUCAGAUUACUACAUCCUGGAGAACAACUCUGUGCUUAAGGCCGUUCUGAAGUACAAAAGGAUCCAGCUGAUGGACUUCAGAUCCGUCCCGGUCGAGCAUUUUGAUCUACCUCUCCAGGUCGCCUAUCCUCCGGACUUCUCAGAGUCCCGUCACUACGGACUACUGCUGAUGAUUGACGGCGCCCCCGGUGGUCAGUCUGUGAGUGACCGGUUCUCCCUGGGCUGGGACUCGGUGCUGGUCAGCUCCGACAGCGUCAUCGUGGCCCGUUUGGACGGCCGGGGCAGCGGCUUCCAGGGUCAGAGGAUCCUGCAUGAGGUCCACCAGAGGCUGGGAACCGUGGACGUCCAGGACCAGCUGGCUGCAGUGGAAUACAUGAUGAACUUUCCCUACAUCGAUCGGACCCGGAUAGCCGUGUUCGGAAAGGGCUACGGAGCCUACCUGGCGCUGAUGAUGCUGAAGUCCACAGAUGGCCUGUUUAAAUGCGCCUCCGCCAUGUCGCCGGUAACGGACUGGAAGCUCUACGCGUCGGCGUUCUCCGAGCGGUACCUGGGCGUGCCGUUCCGGGAUGACACCAGGUACCAGGGGUCCAGCUUGCUGCAGAACGUCCAGGCCCUCAGGGAGCAGACGCUGAUGCUGGUUCACGCCACAGCAGAUGCCAACAUCCACUUCCAGCACACCGCUGAGCUGGUCAAGAACCUGGUGAAGGUUGGAGCCAACUACUCCAUGCAGAUCUACCCUGAUGAAGGUCACUUCCUGUCCCGGCAAAGCCGCCAGCACCUCUACGCCACACUGAGCAGCUUCUACAGGGAAUGUCUGAAGGAGGAGCUUCUACCGCUGCCUGAGGAAGAGGAGGAGGAGGAGGAGUAGGCCUGCAGAUCUGAAGCCAGUACAGUGUGGACCACGUCUUUAGUUGGAUUCGGACGCAGUGACGGAGCUGCUGCGGCUCCUCCAGGGGAAGGAGCACCUCGUUGUAAAAAUAUGUUGAAGGACACUUCAGAGACACUGCUCAGGCAGCAGGAGUCCACUGCUGUCCAGCAUCUACCUAUCCUAGAUCUGGGACGCUCACGUUCUAAGCAAAGCACACAGAGAACUUCCUCAGUUUGUUCCAGGUUCUUUAGACUGCAGCAUCCACACCUUCUCCACGUUGCUCUCCUGAAGCUCAGGACCAACAUCUCACCAUCACAUCAGGUCACUGGCUGGAGGUCAGAGCUUCCUCCAGCUGACAGCACCACCCAACAGGAACAGGAACAUCUCAUCCUCCUGGAGGCUCCAGUAGAACGGUUCUGACCCGCUUAGAUCCAGUAAAGGGACAGUUCCCCUGCUUUCAUCUGGGUUCUGUGAAGCAUGAAAGUUUGUGGUGAGAAAUCAGGAAAGAACUCGAUUUAAACAGGAAGUGGAACUCCUGCCCAGACGUCAGGAGAUUCUACUGGUUUGGACUACUGGACCCAGAACCAAACGCCUCCGUUCUGUUGGACCCAGAAUGUUUGCUGAUGUGACGUAAAUAAAUGAUUUCUGGACGAUUCUUCAUGACGCAAA